AUGCGCCUAUUUACUGUUUUUCUUGUUUUACUUAUUGGAGUGUAUCUUCCAUAUAUUCAAGCUUCAUCUAUUAUACCAGGCGCAUAUAUUGUCGAAUAUAAUGAUGUUCAUGAAUAUCACGGACAUAAUGCUCUGAUGGCAUCUCUUGACAAUGUUCGAGACUUAUUUCGAGUACGCCAUACCUAUUCAAGUUCACUAUUUCGAGGCAUGUCCUUCCGUAUCAACGACGAAAAACCAAGAGCACAUUCUGCUAAUCCGGCUAGUUUGUUGAUUUCGCCACGGCACCCAGUUCUAGCACAAAUGCUCGGAAGUCCUGAAGUAAAGCGAAUUUACCCAGUGUAUCGCAUCCCACGUCCACAAUGGACAUCUAAAAGUGAUGGUCAUCCUUACGAUAAUGGGUUAUCUCAAGUGAAUGAUGUACACAAAAAACUGAAUCUUACGGGAAAAGGGAUUACAAUUGGAAUACUUGAUUCUGGUGUGGAUUACAACCAUCCAGCACUUGGUGGCGGGUUUGGUCAAGGGUAUAAAUUUAAAUAUGGUUACAAUCUGGUUGAUCCAGCCGAAGAUGACACUAGUGCUGGCAGACAUUUACCGGAGGAUGACCCAUUCGAUCCAUGCUCAGGAGGAGAGACUGGACACGGUACUCAUGUCAGUGGUAUUAUAGGGGGAUUUGCUCCAGAACUAGUAAGGAUUGGAAAAGAAGCUUUGGUUGUAUUAUUCGGUCAGUUUGCUUAUAUUUCUCUUCAGAAUUUUUCGGGGAUCGCACCUGAUGCCACAUUUGGCAUGUGGCGAAUCUUUGGCUGUUAUAGUGGUGCAAGCGAAGAUACAGUUAUAAAGGCUCUAGAAAUGGCAUAUGAAGCAGGAUGCGAUAUAAUUAACCUUAGCCUUGGUGUUGAAAAUGCAUGGCCAGAAGAUGCAAUGGCAGUAGUUGCUGAUCGUCUUACAGAAAAAGGCGUCAUUGUUGUUGGUGUUGCUGGAAACCAAGGAAAUCAGGGUGUAUUUAUGCAAAAUACACCAGGAUCUGGAAAAAAUUCAAUAUCAGUGGCCUCUGUUGAUAAUGCAUUCUCCACGGGAAAAGUAUUAACUGUCGAUGCUCUACACAAUCGUUCUUAUCCAUACCAAUUGUCUGUAUCUACUAGAACUUUUCCUAGUGGCGUUUUAACAACUAUAAUAGAUGGGGAAGAAGCUUUAACUGGUUGUGAGCUCAGUAAAUUAUCAAAUAAAAAGGUCAAGGGCAAAAUCCUUCUCGUCGUACGUGGAGAAUGCACAUUUGAGAAAAAGGUCGAAGUAGCACGUUCGGCUGGAGCUAUUGGUGUACUAUUCUAUGAUACAGAGUCUGACAUUCCUGUAUCAUCUCAAACAAGCAAAGGGUCGCUUCCAUGCGCAGGAAUAUCAUCUUCUCUGGGGAGUGAAUUGGUCGAUCUUUUUAUAAAGGACUCCAAUACUUCGUCUGUGGUUGUUUCCUUCCCAGAUCAGCCAAAGGAUUUGAGGAAAGAUACGGCUGGUCAAGUAUCAGCAUUUUCCAGCGUAGGGCCAACAUACGAACUCGACUUGAAGCCUGGUGUUUCAGGCAUCGGUGGAGAUGUCUAUUCAACUCUUCCUCUUAAUCAGAAUGGCGGGUGGGGUGUUCGAUCGGGUACAUCUAUGGCCGCACCGCAUGUCGCUGGUGUCACUGCACUUCUGCUUCAGGCAUACAGAACUGAGCAUACAAAUACUAGCCCUAUAUACAUCUUGGAACAGCUUCAGAAUCAUGCUAGACUUGCCACCUUCCAAGGUGCCCCGGAUCACCCACUUCGGCAAGGUGCUGGACUUGUUCAACCAUAUACUUCUCUGAAGAAUCCGAUACAUAUUUCACCUGCACAGAUAAGCUUCAACGACACUGCCAGUUUAACGGAGUACAAGUCUUAUACACUGUCAGUGACCAAUCAUGGAAAAAGGCCACUAUGUUUGACUAUUGAAAAUAUUCCAUCCAAAUCAAUCAAGCCCUAUGGAAGUGGUUUUGGAUAUGUUCCCGUAGAACCUAUUCAGAGAGGCGAUAUCGAAGUGACCCUUGUAUUCUCCCCGUCGCAUGAUAUCACAGUCUCUCCGGGACAAACAGUAUCUAUAGAGACAUCCGUCGAACUGCCAAAUCCUGAAGAGUACCACUAUCCUAUCUACGGUGGGUUUAUUUCUCUAGUCGAUUCCACUACUAAGGAAGCGCUUGGAACCGUUCCAUACUUUGGUGUAAUUGGAAAAAUGGCAGAACUACCGAUUUUUGAUGAAGGAUAUCCUUUUCUUAUUGCCACUGACAACGCCUCGACUAUAUAUUCUUCUUCUGAUACAUUCAUACUCAAUACCCAAUCAGACUCAUUUCCCAUGGUUGUGUGCCGCCUUUUGACAGCCUCCCCCCGAGUAGAUAUUGAGAUAGUCAAUGAAAAAGGCAUCUCUCUAGGAACCAUAGAAGAAGGGCCUAAUGUAUACUGGGAAAGAAAUACUUUAGGCACUGAUAAUCGUGUGCGGACAGUCACUUGGAAUGGUAAAGUUGUAGCAAGCAAAAUUAAGCCUGGGGAUACAAUAUAUCCUUUUACAGUUUCAAAAGGUACAUACUUUUUACGGAUCCGUGCACUCAAAUUACUGGGAGAUCCGACUUCAGAUUAUGACUGGGAGAGAUGGUUCUCAGGACCUAUCCGUGUAGAGAGUUAA